AUGGCCAAUCUCACUGUGGUGACAGGAUUCUUCCUCAUGGGCUUUUCAAACACCUGGGAGCUACAGGUCUUACAUGCCAUUCUCUUCUUACUGAUUUACCUGGUGGCUCUAAUGGGUAACAUACUGAUUUUCACCCUCAUCUCUCUUGAUGGGAAACUCCAUACCCCUAUGUACUUCUUUCUGAAGAACUUGUCCUUUUUAGACCUCUGCUUUAUUUCCAUCACAGUCCCAAAAUCAAUUGCAAAUUCCCUGAGUCACAGCUAUUCCAUCUCUUUUUGGGGGUGUGUGUCACAGCUCUUUUUAAUGAUGUUAUCUGUAGCAUCAGAGCUUUUUCUCCUCACAGUGAUGUUCUAUGACUGCUAUGUGGCCAUCUUUAAGCCCCUGCACUAUGACGUCAUCAUGACCAGAGGGGCUUGUGUGAGGAUGGCAGCUGUUUCCUGGCUCAGUGGAGGUUUGUUUGGGGCCCUGCACUCGGCUAGUACGUUCACUUUGCUUUUCUGUGGCUCCAAGAAGACUCCCCAGUUCUUCUGUGAUGUUCCUUCCUUACUGAGGAUCUCCUGCUCUAAUUCAUACCUUGCAGCUGAUGUGAGUUUGGCAAUUGGGGUUGGUAUAGGGGUUUUCUGCUGUGUUUACAUCAUAAUCUCUUACACUCACGUCUUCUCAACUGUACUGAAGAUUCCAACCACAGAGGGUAGGUCAAAAGCUUUCUCCACUUGCCUGCCCCAUCUCAUCAUUAUCGUGGUUUUUAUCACAACAGGUCUCAUUGCUUAUCUAAAGCCACCCCAGGAAUCUGAUUCAGUUAUAGAUCUAUUAUUGUCCAUGUUCUAUACAGUGGUGCCCCCAACCAUAAACCCAGUCAUCUAUAGCCUGAGGAACAAGGACAUGAAAACUGCUUUGAUGAAACUCAUAGCCUGUAAAUACUUCUCAAAGAGAUUAAUACCAAAGUCUUUUCCAUGA